UAGAAAUUGAUCAAUUACAAUCACUUUAUAUGGUCUCGUUAUGGGAGUUGAAUGCGGCAUACAGCUGAUGAAGGUUCAUAUGAUAACAAUGUGCUCGUCACCGUGCCUCUUCUGGUUGUUACUUGGUUUAAUCUUGCCGGUCGCACUUGGAGAACCCAUUUACCGCGAUGGUGAGUACCGGCCCCUGGCCGCUGUGUCGGAGUUGACCUCGCGACUUGCGACUCAUACCCAGCACCUACAGCCGCUGCAGGAGCCCCGGCUGCCGCUGCCGACGCCUCCCGACUUGGAGACCAUAAAGAAGGUUGCGCAGAUACUGGUCAUGCUAGGAGAACAGGUGAUACCAGCAGUGAUCGGUGAGAAGCCUCCGUCCAAUAACAGCGAAAUAACUGAAGAUCCAGUUAACGAGAACUCUUAGUGCUCCAUCUCCAACCAGACUAACGAUGCUAUGAAUUACAUCACAACAAUA